AGCUGUCCAGGGCUGGUCCACAGGGUUGGUAACUAUUCGUUGGCUUCUCUUGUAGAAAACUGUGCUUGGGCCAUGUCACAGAAUGAACACUGUCAGGACUCCGGUGAAUACUUCUCAGCCGCCACUCUGGGAUACUUCAAGAAUGACACGGAUGAUAACCCUGACGUCCGAGAGGACAGCCUGGGGGAUGAGGUCUUUGACACCGUCAACUCCUCCAUUGUGUCUGGCGAGAGCAUCCGUUUUUUUGUCAAUGUCAACCUUGAAGUGCAGCCUUCCAAAUCUGACAUAGAAGCUGCAACUGGAGGCUGCGUGCUCUUACACACCUCCCGCAAGUAUCUGAAAUUAAAGAACUUCGAGGAAGAGGUCCGUGCACACCGCGACCUGGAUGGCUUCCUGGCCCAGGCCAGCAUCAUCCUGAAUGAGACAGCUACCUCACUGGAUGAUGUGCUCCGAACUAUGCUAAACCGCUUUGCCCAGGACCCCAACCAUGCAGAGCCUGACUGUGACCUGGACCUGCUCAUGGCUAAGCUCUUUACAGAUGCUGGGGGCCCCAUGGAGAGUAAAGUCCACCUGCUGUCAGAUACCAUCCAGGGAGUGACCGCCACUGUCAGAGGGCUGCAGUACGAGCAGUCAUGGCUCUGCAUCGUCUGUACCAUGAAGUCCCUACAGAAACGGCAUGUGUGUAUCAGCCGCCUGGUUCGGCCACAGAACUGGGGGGAAAACUCCUGUGAGGUUCGCUUUGUCAUCCUGGUGCUGGCCCCACCCAAGAUGAAAAGCACCAAGACUGCGAUGGAGGUGGCACGCACAUUCGCCACCAUGUUCUCCGACAUCACCUUCCGCCAGAAGCUCCUGAAGACCCGCACAGAGGAAGAGUUCAAGGAGGCUUUGGUGCACCAGAGACAGCUGCUCACCAUGAUGAUGCCAAGAGCAGCCGGGCACAGCAUGAGCUCCCUCCAUACUCACAGACACCCUCGGCCCCCGAAAUGCAAGGACUUUUUCCCAUUUGGGAAAGGCAUCUGGGUGGACAUCAUGCGCAGGUUCCCUGUGUACCCGCUGGACUUCACGGAUGGCAUCAUUGGGAAAGGCAAGACUGUCGGCAAAUAUGUCACCACCACGCUCUUCCUCUACUUCGCCUGCCUCUUACCGACCAUUGCUUUUGGAUCCCUCAACGAUGAGAACACAAACGGGGCCAUCGAUGUGCAGAAGACCAUAGCAGGACAGAGCAUCGGAGGCCUCUUGUAUGCACUGUUCUCUGGGCAGCCCCUGGUGAUCCUGUUGACAACCGCGCCCCUGGCCAUCUACACCCAGGUGAUCCGGGUCAUCUGUGAUGACUACAACCUGGACUUCAAUGCCUUCUAUGCGUGGACAGGCCUGUGGAACAGCUUCUUCCUUGCGCUUUAUGCCUUCCUCAACCUCAGCCUGCUUAUGAAUCUCUUUAAGAGGUCAACGGAGGAGAUCAUUGCUCUGUUCAUUUCCAUCACGUUUGUGCUGGACGCUGUCAAGGGCAUGGUCAAAAUCUUCUGGAAGUACUACUAUGGCCACCACUACCACACAAAAAGGACUUCCUCCUUGGCGAGCCUGUUGGGCGUUAGCAGAAGCCCCAACACCAGUCUCCACACUGCACUCAACACCAGCUUCUUGGCCAGCCCCAUAGAGAUGACCACAGCCAGCAGCCCCAGCAGUACACACUCCAACCAGGCUACUGCAGUGCUCAGCCUCCUCAUCAUGCUGGGCACACUCUGGCUGGGCUACACCCUCUACCAGUUCAAGAAAAGCCCCUACCUGCACCCAUGUGUGCGUGAGACCCUGUCCGACUGUGCCCUGCCUAUCGCCGUGCUCUCCUUCUCCCUCAUCAGCUCCUAUGGCUUCCAGGAAAUUGAGAUGAGCAAGUUCCGGUACAACCCCAGCGAGAGCCUUUUUGAGGUGGCACAGAUCCACUCUCUGUCCUUCAAGGCCAUCAGCAGUGCCAUGGGUCUCGGCUUCCUGCUCUCCUUGCUUUUCUUCAUUGAGCAGAACCUGGUGGCCGCCCUGGUCAAUGCACCAGAGAACAGGCUGGUGAAGGGCACUGCCUAUCACUGGGACCUCCUGCUGCUUGCCAUCAUCAAUACGGGGCUGUCUCUGUUUGGGCUACCCUGGAUCCACGCCGCCUAUCCCCAUUCCCCUCUGCAUGUGCGGGCACUGGCCUUAGUGGAGGAACGUGUGGAGAAUGGGCACAUUUAUGAAACGAUUGUGAAUGUAAAGGAGACUCGGCUGACGGCGCUGGGUGCCAGUGUCCUGGUGGGGCUGUCCCUGCUGCUCCUUCCAUUCCCGCUGCAGUGGAUCCCCAAGCCCGUGCUCUAUGGACUCUUCCUCUACAUUGCGCUGACCUCCCUGGACGGCAACCAGCUCUUCUCACGUGUAGCCCUGCUGCUCAAGGAGCAAACGUCAUACCCACCCACACACUACAUCCGGAGAGUGCCCCAAAGGAAGAUCCACUACUUCACAGGCCUGCAGAUUCUGCAGCUGCUUCUGCUCUGUGCGUUCGGCAUGAGCUCCCUGCCCUACAUGAAGAUGGUCUUUCCGCUCAUCAUGAUUGCCAUGAUCCCAAUCCGCUACAAUCUGCUACCCCGAAUCAUUGAAGCCAAGUACUUGGAUGUCAUGGAUGCCGAGCACAGGCCCUGACCUGCACCAGCCUCCCCAUCCUUCAGGCCUGCUCCGUGGCAAUGUGUGGGGAGUAUGAUCUGCUGUGGCUCCAGCCCGUCCUCAUUGCUGUCUUGUGGCCUAAAGCCCCUUGGCGUUGUGGUUUUCAGAGGUGUGUGAUCACCUCUCGCCCCAUCAACAUUUAGUUUGGGGUCAGAAACACUGUCGGCGUGGGGCUAAGAAGAGUGGAUAUUCUUUUGAUAAAAGAGUUGAUGCCCAGGAGAGAGCCCAUUUCCUUGAUUGUAUAAGGAACUCGAUUGUGCACAUUAGUGAAUAAAAGUCUUGUUUCUAUGCUUUAA